AUGGCGCCAGAGCUGGAAUCUCGAAAGAGCGAGGAUGGAAAGGAGACUAUCAGUGAAGAUUCAAUGUUUAUCGAUCCAUCUCCAACUGACAUGGAGAUGCAGGAUGCGUCACGAGAGGCUGCCUCACCUCUCAUUCAAGUGGCUGUACCAUUGGCUGGUUUCCAGAAACAUUCUCCGUCUUCCGAUACGCUCAGCCAUCCAUCUUCGCAUACCUUAAGUCAUGGAUCACCACCUGCUCAGAUACGCAUUUCACGUAGACUAUCUGUACCAAGUCGCUCUUCCUCUUCCUCGUCCUCGGCAGUGGACACUACAAAGCGUCCGUCAGACUAUAGCUCCGACGAUGAACAUGUUAGCUCACCGCCCGGCUACCAUGGAGUGCUCAGUGGUGGCGUACUGAUUCGUUUUUUGGAGGACUUGUCGCGUAGCUCUCGACGCGACCACUGGCAGAUCUGUACCUGGCUGGAAAACUUUGCUGCGCGCUUCGGUCGCUUCAACAACCUCGAUGGCCUCGUCGUGACGAACACACAGGACAUGCACAUGCACAUGCUUAUGCUAGCACACAAGUUGUGGCUCGAAACAAAAAGCAUACCAGCCGAUGGAGACAUCUUCUGGGUGCCGGGAUUAGAGCCAGCAGGAGAUGUCGAUCCGGACUGGGAAGCCAAGGCAAAGAAUAAUCUUCCCGAACUAUCUAGCUCACACAGCCAAAGGCAUUGGAUGGCAGGAGAAGCACAAUAUCUGCAUGGUGCCUCAACAGAGCGGCCUAGAAAGGGAAAUAUGGUUUGUGAGAGAUGGAUUGACGGCAUGGGGUGGGAGAGGGAGAUUUGGCAAGCAUGA